GUGUGUGUGUGUGUGUGUGUGUGUGUGUGUGUGUGUGUGUGGAGUCACAGAGCCGUUAAAGUGCCUCACCCUUAAAGGCUGACCUUCAGCCUUUGAUCUGUGGCUUGCAUGAAAGCGGAACAUCAGCCAAAGAUGUUGCGGGGCUCAGCACUUAUAAGCUGGACAUCCUCUUCGACUGGGGAUCAAAAGCAUCCUCGAUUGGUUCUGUAGCCUCCUCUCUUCCGUAAGCAUGACCCUGCUGUGUGGUCCGAUACUCCAAUGGAGUUUUGACACCCCCCGAGGCAGUGAAGCGCCACGAGAGAGGAACCUAUAACAGUCGUUGGUUUGUGCUAAGAGCUAAAUGGACAGCUUUAGUGUAAGGCAGAUGUCUUGAAGUUGGAUGACUGCCUGGAAAACUUCCUGCUGAAUCUAUAAUGCAUGUCGAGAGCUCAUAUAUCUCCUCAUAUAUAAAUCAACUUCAUUUAAAGUAGUAUUAAUAUAUUUUAAUGUAUUAGCCGUAUUUAAAAUAAGCAAGAAAAUAUGGUGGGAGCAGUCCAUAUGUUUUUUCAAGGUGUGGAAUUUUGUAACGGUCAAUCCUGCGACCUCCCCCACUACCAGCAUACCACCAUAACCGCACAUACUCCCUCACCCAUUUCCCCUCACUGUUUUUCUCUCUCUAUCUCACGUACACACAAAUUCACAUACAUACACUGCUUUUACAGUCUCACCUCUCUCUACGUAGCACAGUACAAACAAGUUACACAUCUGUAUGGCAAGUAAUACUUAACUGCUCUGUUAGACUGAGAAGCCGUUGCUGUGCAGAGGUCCACAGUGACGAACAGCUCUACUGGUUUAGUCCAGUCUCCUUUUUCUUUCUGUCCAAUUUUACAAUGAAGAAACCCCUUUGCAGCAACCCUCUGGCCCUGUAAUCUGAUUCUAAAUAUCAAAUUAUUGGUCUUAUUGUUGUUGAGAGACUUGUAUCUUUUCUUAUUUUCCUCUGCACUUUUCUUCCCCAUCGUCAUCGCAAGCAAGCUUUCCUUCUUAGCUGAGGGCCUCUCAAAUCAUCCCUGACUUUGACUGUUAAAUCCUGCUCAUCAGAGCGCAACCUUGACAUUGGAUACCAUGAGCCAACUCAGCAUCACAGUGUAAGGAUGGUGUGACACUCAGACAGACAGAGGGAACAGUCACCGCUCUCCACUCACAGGCAGACCAUGGCUCCCAAGUGUCUCCUUUUCCUGGGCUUCCUCCUCUCCUCCCUCCAUCCUUCAGAUACCCAGACCAUCAUUGGCUCUUCUUCUUCAUUCUCUGCUCCGGACCUGCCUAAUAAUUCCUCUCCUCACCCUACAAAGCAGACUGCUGGACUCUGGCCUUCUUUGCCUCCCAGAGGGCGCACUGAUGUGCCUAUCAGAGCUACAGUCCAGGAUAGACAGAAAAAUACUAAUGCAGUGCAACAGGGGCGAACAAGCCGUCCUACCCCACAGUUCACUCCUCCAUUAGUAUCUGCUUUAUCCACGCAGAACCUCAGCAGUGGGCUAAUUUUAACUCAACCCACUGCCUCCAGGCCCAGAACUGAUACAGCUGGUUUAGCAUUGAACGGGGCUUUUAUAAAGGAAGAUACUUCUACAAAAGGCUCAAUUCCACCUUUGCCAACUUUCCCCUCUGCUGCUUUCACUGAGUCUGCAGGUGAUAAGCCAGUGACAGCAGGAAAUUCAGAAGAAGGGUCACCCAAAGAGACGGAGGAUGAGGAUUUAAACGGGCUGGGAUCAGGUCAUAUUCCAACGGUAAUGCCUGUGAAGGAGGAAUCAUCUGUUCCUCAGGCCACGGUUGAGGAUGAAAUGGCGCAGUAUCAGCCACAGGCACAGACGGCAAACGCUUUUGAUGUAGAAACACCACCAGAGGGAAGUCAGGCUAUGAACCCUUACCUGCCUGUGCUUACAACAGCCGGUAAAAUCUCCACAACGCCACAGACUGAGACAAGAGCCACCCCCUCCCCUGUGGUUACCCAGGCAACUAUAGUAUUAACAGGUAAACUGACAGAGAACACUCCUUCCACCGUGAGAGCUACUCCAAAGCAGGCUGCUGUGACACUACCCCAACCCACAACUACCACCACUGGCUCUAAACAGUCACGGACUGAAGAACAACAAACCACAACACAGCAAGUAACAACCACAUCUACAAAAAAUGUGCUUACUACAACACAGGAGGCAAUGAGAAAACUCACCAAAACAACACUUCAACCCAACAAAAUGGAACAUCUGGGAAGAAAUACAUCUAGCGCAACUAUACAGUCUUCAAGUACAGGGACCUCCACUGGUGUCAUGCGAACAAGACUAAGCCCCACAUUUCAGGCUGAUAUUGUUAAGAGGAACCGCUCCGUUCUCCUUGGACAACCAGCUCCACACACUACCUCUAACCCAGCCCCAUCCCCCAGCCACAGCCCCUCCUCUAACGGCACACUUCUCUACUGGGGUGAUCUGAGCCGGACGCUGGCAUUCGCCUGGGAGCUGCAUGUCUACGGCUCCGUGAGCCUCUUCCUCCUCCUGUUUGCUGGAGCGGCUCUCGGCCUCACCCUGUCCCCCGGCGCAAACUGUCCUCAUCGGGGGGCUCUUGCACUGGCCAAUGCACUUUUGUUUCUCGCUGGAGGCCUCAGGGCGGCUCUCUUUCUGAUGGACCCCUAUGGCACCAGGAAGUUCCUGCCUCGCCCCGCGGUUACUGCCCUCUAUAACCUGCCUCUCCACCUGCUGGUGUGGGCACAGGCUGCCCUGGCACUGCUGGCUUUGAGGGUGGCAGGAGUGAGUGUGUUACCUUCCUCUUUGGAGCGUCCCCCUCUGGUGGCGGUGCUGGCUGUGUUGCAGUGCACCCUGCUGCUGGCCGCUGAUCUGCUGUCCCCAGCCCUGUCCCCUGUGGUGCCCGUCACCCUGCAGGUCCUGGCCUUGUGCUGGGGCCUAGCUCUCUGUCUGGGCUUCCUAUGCUAUGUGUUUCCCCGUGUACGCUGCCCUACCAUACCCCACCAUGGAGUUCCUGAAGAGGCCAGGAGGAAGGCUUGGACAGGAAGCAGGAGGACAGGGGUGAUCCUGGGGAGAGUGCUGGCAGUGUGUGCAGUCCUGGGAGCCCUGUGCUGUGGGCUGCAUGUCCAUGCCACCUUAUGGCUCUAUGGACUGCUAGGGGACUGGACGCGCUUCAACUGGGGUUGGUGGCUGGUGCACUUCUGGGCCCGGCUCCUUGAGCUGGCCUGGGGAUUCUCCCUCCUCCUCCUGGGCUCCUGGGUGUUCUGGAGGCCGCAAGGUUGCCAUGGAAGAGAGGAGGGGGGACCGGAUGGCAGGGCAGCAGGAGACUUGCCAUCCCCUGGCCAAUCUACAAGCUCCUCUCAAAGACACACCUGCUGGUCCAAGAUAGUCCAGAGCCUGAGGGGGAAGCCCUGUAAAAAGUCUGACAGUAAUGGGGUGGGAGGAGGAGGAAGUGGAGGAGGAAGUGGAGGAGGAGGAGGAGGAGGAGGAGGAGGAGGAGGGGGACCAGGGGAGUUGCCUAACAACUGGGCUGGUCAGGAGCGUCCUGGAGCUGACAUCAGCAAGAGUCUGAUCAGGAACCAGAACCACGAGCAGGCCACGGCCCAGCCACGCUGCGUCAAAGACAGCAACAGGGGACGCAACCAUAGGGGCCACUCUGCGGAGCGGGGCCAUUCUGCGGAGCGGGGCCAUUCUGCGGAGCGGGGCCUCUCUGCUGAGCGGGUCCUCUCUGAUGGCUCCACAGGUUCCCUGCUCAGACUGCAGGCGCUGGGCCGGCCCCCUCAGCGCUCUGUGAGCGGCAGCCUGGAUCUGGAGGGGGACACUACACUGUCUCUUUACGAGUUCGACCUGCGGCCCCCAUCACCUAUUGACCUGACCCGCAGCAUAGACGAGGCGCUGCACAGGGAGUACCUGCUCGGAGGAGGAAGCUUGUUUCACCCUUUUGCCCAAGCCUCACAGUGCCCCUCCCCGGGGUCAGGGGUCAGUCAGGGUCCCUGGCUCCGCAGGAACAGUGAUCCUCAGAUGCUUUCUGAUAGCAGCGAGGCGACAGAGUCUUCGAUGCCACUAGGGGGCAGCGUGCUCAGCAGUGUCCCCAGCAGGCAGGUGACUGCUCCCCCCACGCCCUCCCACCAGGGUAACAGGUGGCCUGGGAACGCGAUGGGAAGCGUCCCCUCAUCAGUGUCCUGCCCUGUGUCACUUCGUCCCUCCAGAACGUCAACAGAGAAUCUGGGGGAGGACGGAGUGGACGACACGCGUCCGUUCAUCACCCCAGACUCAGAGAGGGUGCAGGGGAGGGCUGGGAGGCCGGCGGGGUCGCGGAGUUACCUGGAGGUCAGCCGACAUGACGACUCUGCCAGUGUCAGCAGUGAAAUCAUUGAUCUAUGAACCAAACUUUGGACAUGAGGACCAAUUACCACACAUUAAACACCCAUUUAACAAAAACUUUUCCUGAUCAAGACUUCAUACAAAUUGGGAACAUUUGAUCAUUGCCUAAGAAUGAAUCAUUUUUAGAAAAGGGAAACUAUUCAAAAGUGUCUCUUGGUGAUGACCUUAAAGGAUAUCACCUAGUUGCCUUUUAUCUUGUUAAAGGAUUUAACAUCUGUGUUUGGGAAAAAAUAUAUGUUAUACCUUUACUCUGGGAGUAAAAUUGGAAAUAUAGCACAGAUAAACAUCACGGCACACUCAUCUUUCUUUCUCUCUCUCACACACACACACACACACACACACGCACACAUACACGCACGCACACCCACACAAAAACAUAUCUCCUUUGUUUUUAUGUUAUUCUCUCGGACACGCCUGCAAAGCACUGGUGUCGUCUCCAGUAAACCGAGAACAGACGCGCAUUACAACAAUUCCUUGAUAGGAUUUUUGCAGAUCCCUACACGUAAUGCGUGUGAAAUGCGUAAUAAAUGUAUUCUUCCCAUGUCCGGGAACAACACUGAGAGGUUCAAUACAUUUCAAGGGUAGGAAACAAAGGCUCCAAGCAUCUAUAAGUCCCAUUCCUAUUGUUUUCGUGAAAACAUUUCUGCAUAUCAACAAUUGUGAUUGCAAUUGCAAUUGUCAUUGCCCGCAUAGUUUAUUUGCGGUCUCCCUUAUUUGAAGUUGCUUUGUAAUGUAAAGAUGUGCCAUACAUAACCUUGGAUGGUUCUGUGUUAUUUUUAUGGAUCUAUAAACCCAUUAUUUGGGUUAACUCUCACGAGCGUCUUGCCAGUAUCAUAGUGACUCAGCAACAGAUCACUAAGCUCCUAAUGUGCUGCUGUGUUCAUCCAGUCUUCCUUCAAUGCUGUUAAGCUGGUUACAUUAAGAGGUACGACAACAAACAUACAGAUGCAUGCUUGUUUGUGAAACUGUUGCUGAAGCUUUUAGCUGUAGCUGAACUGCACAAUGAACAUCAAGCAUUGACCUGUGAGGUUAAUGCAUUUUAUCUUGUCAUUUUGCUGUAGGACCAAGCUUUUGCCAACAGUAGUUAUUUACAAUUAAAGCCUCUGACUGCAUUUUUACGGGAUUUGAAGAAAAAUAUUAAACAUAAUCACAAUCCUACCAAUUUAAUUUAAUUAUUCAGACUUUUUGAUAUGUUAGUUAAAGAAGCAGUGUGUAGGAGCUAUGGGGGGAUCUAUUGGCAAACAUAUAAUGAGCCUGUCAUACCUACAAAGGGAGUGGAUCCUCUUCCGUGGAGUCCGCCAGGAUUUUGCUUUUCUAUGUUACCCAAAGACCAUUAUAGGUGCUUAUACACACUUGAAAAGUAACAGUGAGCAGAGGGGUAUUCCUUUGGUUUGCUAUAUGCCACGGCACCCUACACACUGCUCCUAAACGUCACACAGCUUUGCAGGGCUGCACCACAUGAAUCUCAGAUCUCGUAUAAUAGACCUGACUCAAUAACAGAGCACUUAACAGUAAGCCUGAGCACUAGACUAAAGUAUUUUACUACUCGAGAAAAGAUAUCUUUCAAAUAUAUCAUGUAUAAGCAACAAUGUAAAUAUUGUUAUUUUUGAUGUCAUGAAUAAAGGUGUAUUUGAAACAUAGUUGUAGUUGCUACUGUGAAAGACAAUCUAAAGAGUUAUUGCUUAUGUGUCCAAGCUGUGCAGACAGUUAUGCUAUUGCUAUUUCAACAUCAGAUUUCCACCUGUUCAGUUAAUACUUACCUUCAGAGGUCGUGUUCAUGACUUUCUGAGUUUUGCUCAGAUUAUACUGACGCUGGUCUUGCUAAAUGAAUAACGGAUGGCCGAGAUCUGCAGGAUUUUUAAUUCUUCUAUUUCUGUUGAAUUACGACGUUGCAGAAAAAAGGAAAAACAGAGAGCACUUCAAAUGGAACCAUAUUUAGUCAAUGAUUUAUCUCAAACCUGUUUGGUGAUCUUCAAUAUAGCCCCGUGGUUUCAUCCUCAGUCUUGUAUUUGAAAAGUUUUGUUCCAACAUGAGAUAUGACGUAUUUUGUUUUAAAAAUGAGCCUCACAAAAUCGUUAUGUGAAUGUUUUCUUGGGUUACUGUUGUGAAUAUUGAAACAUUUCAAGAAGUGACAUUUUUCCAAAGUGGAUAAGUGUCAUUUUGGAAUAAAACUUAAAUCAUGCCUCUGUUUCUGAUGAGUCCUAUUCCAUAACUUGUUUUUCCGGUUACCUCAGGGUGACUUUCAGUACCUCCCAGUGAUACUUGACUUGUUUAGUAUUUACAUUACAACGGCCUUGUACAUUCCAUAAGAUCAGUACUCGCUGUUACCGCUUUUACUCUAUGAACAGGGCGGUACCUCCAGCAGUGUUGUUUCCUCACCAAAGCUGUACGUGCCAUAGAAAAUACAUUCAAUGUGCCCCCUCCAGUCUGUGGUCACAGUGCAGAAGUAAAGUGUUAGAUUAAUAUGUUUACUUUGCUCAUUGAACUCUUGUAUUUCUUGCUGCAUUUCAUGUCUGCAUUCAAAUAAAAACGAGUAAACAUGUUA